AACUGAUUCAAGUGAAAGACUUCCAGCACUUCACACAACGCCCGUAUGUCAUACCCGGCGGUAUUUACCACAACUGGAAAUAUCAUGAAAUGGUGACACGUGUGGACUCAUUGCGAUGGAAGAAAAUGCGUACACUAUUGAGCCCGUGGUUCAGUUCAAUGCAUCUGAAGGCCAACACUCCGGUCAUCAAUCUAUGUGUCGACGAUAUGGUCAAAAAGUUGGACUCAUUGGCCGCGAAGGACGAAGAGUUCAAUAUCUACGAGAGAGUGGAGGCGGCGACCAUUGACAUCAUCGACAGAACCGGUUUCAGUAUAACGACCGACAUUCAGGACCGACUGCCGCAGAAUAACCCCUUCUUCGAGGCCACUCGCGGUGUAUUCAAUAUCCGUCCGAAUCGCCAGUUCUUGGCCUCACUGUUGCUGUGUUUCCCGGAACUGACGCCCAUUAUUAACGUAAUCCGAGACAUAUGCGAAACUCUUUGGGAUUAUUUUGGUUAUACCAGUCAUGGCAUGCUGUGGAAGGCGGGCGAAGCCAUUGUCAAGAAUAGACUAGACUUGAUAAACAACAAGAGCAUGAAAUUGGUCGACAAUAACAACAAUAAGCUGAAAGCCUACGAGAAUUCCCGCAAGGAUUUGCUGGAAAUGAUGAUCGAUGUCCGCAAUAACACCAACAAAAAUACUGAUAAAACACUGAACGACGUGGAGAUCAUCGCCAACACUGUUGUCUUACACGAGGCCGCGUACGAGAGUCCGGCCAAUCUGAUUGGCUUUGCGAUCCAUAAUUUGGUCAAUAAUCCCGAUAUUCAACAGAAGUGUUACGAAGAAGUGAAUGAUUUGCACGAAAAAGACGGUAAAUUUGCAUUCAAUGUGAUGUCAGAGUUGCCGAUAUUGGACGCCGUGAUCAGCGAGACGUUCCGUCUCUACCCGACGGACACCAUCUUCACGAGCCGUAUGUCGAAGAAUGACUAUAAGUACAAGAAUAUCGUUAUCCCAAAGGGCGUUGACAUACGUGUGCCGACCGUUCAGUUGCAUAGAGACCCGGAGUACUGGUCAGAGCCGAACCGUUUCGAUCCCAACAGAUUUAUGGACAAAAAGACAGUCAUUGAUCCGAUUGUUUACCAGCCG